UUCUUUAUUCAUCUAACUCUCGACAAAAAAAAUUGAUUGCUGAGAAGCAAACGUGAGAUACCAGCAGAUUGUAUUUAUCUUUGUUUCUCAUCAUAGAUAGGACAGUCUGUUUUUCAAUAACUCUCUCAACACAUCUACCUUACCUUUGAUUUGUUAACAAUGCAGUACUAACGUGAAUUACUUUUAAGUUAAACUCCUAAACUAAAGUGAAAAUGUCAGAUCUAUUCGCAUGCUGAACAAGUUUGUAUUCUUCUUCGUAAAAGCAAAUCUUCUGUAAGAAUCUAUCAAGAAAAAUAAAUUUUUAGUUGAUUUUUCAAUCUCUCCUUUUUAAUGUCGACACAGAUAUUUGAUAAUAAUUUAUCUUUUUGUUUGGUUUGAAAAACUUAUUUGAAAAUGGAUACAAACAAUUUAAAACAUUGCUUGAUUAAAAGUAUUUUCAUAUAUAGAAAAAACACGUCGUUAUAUUUUGCAAAAAAAUAAAUGUUAAACGACAGUAAAAUAUAUAUUGUUGCAAUCUUUGAUGGAGUAAAACAAUGUCAUGCAUUGUGGGAGCAAAUACAUAUGUUGCUAUCAUGGUACAUAAUUUAACCUUGAUGAAAAAUUAUCCAAUCAAAUAAAAUUGUUUUCUUUUUGAUAAAAUCAAGACUAAUACUUCACAUUACUUGAACAAAAUUGAAUGGAAAUGAAGUAAUAUGUACUUCGAAACAAGAAUGAAGUGGUUUUUGAUACUUUAAGUUAAUAAUAUGUUAUUUUAGAUAGGACUUUUUCUUCAUUUAACAGUCUUGAUUGACUUUGCACUCUCUAUCGCAUGAAAGACAUAUGCACAAUCUCUCAUUAUCAUCAGUAAGAAAUUUGCCCUUUCAUAUUUGCAAAUAAAAAGAUAACGAAGAGCAACCCUAUUUUAUAUUAUUUAUUUGUUAUGAGUCAAUAUUUCUUACAUAAAUAUCAAUGAGAAUAAUUUUCUCUCAAUACUUGCAUUUGUUGCAAUCACUGACCAACUCAAUUCACAUCAAAAUUGAUCUUUCAAUUACAAGAACAAGAUGAAAAAUCUGAUUGUAUUGAUAACAUUAUUGGUAGUCUGCGUUGGUGAGAGGAUUAUUUUAUUUACUUUCUCAAAUUGAUUGUAUUCACUAUAGUCUGUGUUAAUGGUUAUGUGAAUUGCUUCUUUUGUGCGAAUUGUCCUAAUCCAUUCACUCCAAACUCACCAUAUGUUUCAAGAGGUAUAGCAAAUACAGGAUUUUGUGCUAAAAAAAGUCGUUCAUCUGAUCCAAAUGCUCCAAACAGUCGCGGUCCUGCUGAACCUGGUCUUUGUGUCGUAACUGGAUGUAGAUGGAUGUACGACUCUACUGGUCAACAGAUAUACACUUGUUGUUGUGACAGUAAUUUUUGCAAUGGUAGCAUGUAG